GAGCCCCUGACUCAAUGCUGAUUUGGUUAAUCAGUAACAAGGGUGGGAGCACCGCUACAGGCUGGACGGGUUAAAGCAAGGGAGCAGAGGAGCCAGGACCUCACUCAGCACCUCACUCAGCAGCAGCAGCAGCAGCAGACACACACGAAAGAAUCGUUUUAAGGUGACUACCAACAAAAGGUAAAAUGCGGUCUACUCUACUCCUCCUACUCUGCUGCUACCUCUCAGGAAGCCAAGCCAACCGCGUCUACGUCCACCCCUUUCAUCUCUUCGCCGCCGAGAAUGUCAGCUGCGAAACUCUGCAGACCCAGACAUCCAAGCCUCUGCAGACACUUCCUGUUGCCCCGCUUGAUAUCGAAGUCCUGACAGCCGACAGCAGGGACCCGUCAAAAAUGGACGCACAGAAGCAGAACAUCACAGAGAGGACAGGGGUCCUGGCAGAGCUGUUGAACUCUCUGGGCCUGAGGAUGUACCAGGCUGUCAGCAGAAAACAGCAGAACACCAACACCCUCCUCUCUCCGGUCAACACCUUUGGAUCCCUCGUCACCUUCUACCUGGGGGCAUCCAAGACGACAGCAAGAAAAUAUCUGAUGCUUCUGGGCCUGAGCAGGGACGGCGACCGAGAGGACUGUGUGUCUUUAGUGGACGGACAUAAGGUACUAAAGACCCUGCAGGGCAUUAACUCUCUGGUGGAUGACGGGCCGAAAGAUGAAAUCACCACCCAGGUCUGGGCCUUCGCUCGCCAGGACACUCAACUGUCUGAGGACUUUAUUCAAGGCAUGCAGGACUUCUCCGACACAUCGUUCACUCGCAGUGUGGACUUCUCCAAACCCCAAGAGGCAGAGCAGCUGGUGAACAGCUUUGUGGAGACAACAUCAGACGGGAGGCUGAAAGGCGUCUUCAAAGAUCUAAACUCAAGCACUGACCUUCUGUUUGUCACGUCCUUCAACUUCCAAGGCAACUGGAGGACAGCUUUCCAACCAGAGAAGACCUCCAUGCAAGAGUUUCACGUGGAUGAAACAACCACAGUGAUGGCUCCGCUGAUGACCCACACGGGUCAGUACCACUACCUGAAUGAUAAGGUACAGCGGUGCACAGUUGUGAAACUGUCUCUGAGCAAACGGUCCUACAUGUUGCUGGUUUUGCCUCAUGAAGGAGCCAACCUCCGUGAUAUUGAGUCUAAGCUGCUAACUGAUGUCAUGUCUGGCUGGUACCAGAACCUCCAGGAGGGUCUGCUGGAGCUGUCCCUCCCGAAGUUCUCCAUGUCUUCUGUGACUGAUGUGCGCGACCUGCUGACCAACAUGUCUCCAGAACUUGAGGCCCAGAUGUUGGGCUCUGAGGCCGAGUUCAGCCAACUCAGCAACACCAAACCCUUCACUAUAAAUAAGGCGGUCAACAAGGUGUUGUUUGAGAUGUCAGAGGAAGGAGCAGAACCUCAGGACAAGAUCCAGGAGGCAGGCAUCCCUCUGAAACUGACCAUCAACCGGCCGUUCUUCUUUUCUGUCAUUGAGGGAGAUUCUAACGCCAUCCUCAUGCUGGGAAAGAUUACCAAUCCUACACUGUAAAGUUAUAUAGUAUCUAAAAACUCAUUUAGAUCAUACCUUUGUUUUCCAGCUGAAAUAAUGCCCACACACAUUUCAUGAGGAACGAAGCACAUGUUUCUAUCGAUAUUUAACAGUGUUCUCUUUCACCAUAAACUCAGGAAUCACUGGGGAUCCCUGUGUCAGUAUUUAUGAAAAGCUGUUACUUCAAGUUGUUCUCAAGCAGCCUGUUAAAAUCCUUAAUUUUUUUCUGUAAAAUUUAUUAUAGCAGAGUUCUGUACAGUAUUUUUCAGUAGAGUAGGUACAGUAACCACAAUUCUCUAUGACGAACGACUAAUAAGUUAUAUAUUAUAACUAAGAGUUUAUUUUUGUUUUGUUACGAUUUGUGAUUGCUGAAAUAAAACAUUUGUAUCCCAGUA